GAUAUCAAUGGGAUAAACAAACAUGAAUAAUGACGGUGACGGCAACCCGCCCUAAACCCGACACCCACGACCUGUGAUUAUAAAGUGAACGAAGUGAACACGACCCGUUGCUAAAAAUCCUAAAAAAAAAAACGAAAAACCAAAAGCGAUUUUUCCCCUUGCAGCCUUUUGUAACUAUCACCAAGCAGUGUAGGAUAUCGUCAGAAUCACCAUCAUAGACACAGGUCACAACUCAUAACUGCUUCAUGCCAACGAGUUUCAAGUGGUUCUCGCCAGUUACGCCAGGUAACGCAAGCUGACGCCUACUUCAAUUAAAAAGGACAACAAUUUGUGCAUCCACUCUAAACAAAGCGGGUCGGAAACAGUAGGGAAAAAAAAAAAAAAGGCAGGCCUUGUUGCUAGUGUGUGAGCGCCACUGCGCGGGAGCUGAACCUGAACUCCUUCCUUUUAGUCACUUGGAACAAUUCCCGAAUUGAUCGAUUGGGAAGUUUAUCGUCGGUGGGUUCGUACAAAGCAUCUUCCAUUUGCGAGCACGCGGAAGAAGGUAUCUGCACAGCCCGCGUUUCGUGAUCGGCUGAGCGCGAUCAAAUGGGAACUGGGGGAACUGUCACUCGCUUCGCACGGUUCGCGCCGCUCUGUGAUGAAUGAGACGAUGUUCGCGAGGAGCGAAGGUCCAGCGCCCUGUGGCAAGGCGUUCGCGCGCAGAGGGGUCGGGGGCCCACAGCGGCUCCGGGGACAUGUGGCGUGAGAUGUUCUGAGACGCGCUUCCGAGCCUGCGAUGGGCAGCGAGGGCCCAUUGUAGCAGCGCCCGCGACUCCAGCCAGCGCCGCCGUGUGUCGUCAUGAUGGCCUGCCCCAAAGUGAUCCUCUCCAAGAGCACGGCGGGCGGGAUGUCAGCGGGUGGCCCGCUGGGGCAGCAGCCCGUGGCCCUGCAUGCGUCCGCCUUCUGCCCCAUCGGCAGCCUGGACUUGAACCGGGUCGUGGGCCCACCUCUGGCCAAUUACACCAUGUCCUACGUGCAGCCUACGCUCCUCAGCACCGGCCCGAGCUACCCGAGCAAAUACGACGUGUUCCAGGUCCCUGGGGGCACGCUGGUGGUCCCGCGAAGCGCGCAAGUGCCCAGCUACCUGGCGCCCCAGCAGCUGCUCUACUCUCCGCUGCAGCCCCCGCUGCAGCCCCCGCACCCGUCGCACUAUGCAUUUCUGAACAACUCGCUGAUGCCGUUCAGCCUGCCCGAACAACCGCAAUUCCCGUCAUUCAUGAACAACACUUUGGUGCCCAGCUACCCAAGUCCCCCAGCCAGCGAGCCUUUGCUGCCGUCGUACGGCUCGCUUCACACGAACGACGUGUAUCUGAGCAACGGCCCAACGUCCCUCGUGCAGCCGUCGGACCCCUACUCCAAGCUGUACCCGUUGGUCGAGAGCAAACCCGCGCUGGCAGCCCUCGAGGCACCCAGUUACGCACCCCCACCACUCGAGAAUGUGCUCGCGGAUGCCAGCAGCCAGGUCUCCUUUUCGACCAGCGGACCCUACACGAGGCCCGAGUCACUGCCCUUCCCCAAGACAGGCCUGCCAGCACCCAGACCCAUCCUGCCGUGGCCCAAAGAGGUGCCCUCGAUGCUCUCGCCGCCCAUGACAAGGCUGCCGGAGUCGGAAGGGGGCUUCUCGAUGGGCAGCUUGCGGGCCGAACCGGAGCUGCCCCUCUGCCAUGCCGAGGAGACCCGACUCUGCUUUGGCUCGCCACCCCUGUCAGCUUCAUCACUCUCGAGCCUGGACAAUGCCAGCAUGCUGGAUGCCCCCAGGGUCCUACUUGCCGACGAACCUUCUUCCAAUACCCACGAGCCCAGCACCUACGAACCCUUGCCCAGCACCUACGAGCCUUUGCCCGCCACCUACGAGCCGGAUCCCAACAGCUUUGAGUCCUCAUCCAGCACCUGUGAGACCUCAUUAAACACAUACGAGUUGCAAGAGGAACAACAACUCAAAGAAACCUGUUUGCCUCCGACGGAAUCCAUUGCGGUGGACAGAGUGAGGGACGUCUAUGCCUUCGAAGCCAACUCGGACGAGGAGAGCGGUGCAUUGCGACUCAAGUUUCAGAAGCGACACGAAGACAAGUUGGCCAAGUACUGCUACGGGGGCAGCGCCCGAACCCAGCCAUUGAGGCGCCGCGGGGGGCACGACAUGUUUGACUUUUUAUCAUCGGUGCAUCGCAAAGCCCCCACGGCGGAACCUGUCUGCCGGGACGAGGAGACGGAGGAGAGUGGCCAGCGGCGACGAGGCAUCCAGGACAAAGAACUGGCCACCAUCAUCAGCUUCCACUGCCUGAAGGACAGUGCUAAGGCCACAGUUGGAGUCUACCGCUCACUCAUCCACGGGCGGGGGCUCUACUCUAAGCGCAACAUAGAUGCAGGCGAGAUGGUGAUUGAGUACGCGGGACAGGUGGUACGGUCGGUCCUGACAGACAAGCGGGAACGGCUCUACGAGAGUCGAGGCAUCGGUUGCUACAUGUUCCGCAUGGACGAGGACCAAGUGGUGGAUGCCACGACGCACGGCAAUGCAGCUCGUUUCAUCAACCACUCGUGCGACCCCAACUGCUAUUCCAAGGUGAUUGCAGUGUUUGGCCAGAAGCACAUCAUCAUUUAUGCACUCCGCAAGAUCUACAAGGGCGAGGAACUCACAUACGACUACAAGUUCCCGAAGGAAGAGGUGAAGAUCCCAUGCUCGUGUGGUGCCCGCCGAUGCCGCAAGUUCCUCAACUGACCAAGGUGCCUUUUCCCCUUUCCAUGUGUUCCAGAGACUCCUUCCUGAUGUACAUAGCUUUGAUGUGGCAGUAAAGUUUCUGCAAAAAGGC